AUGGAAACUACCGAGUCAACAGAAUCUGCAUUUUCUACUUUGUCUUUCCCUUCUGCUGUUUAUUCAAGUUCUCUGGAUUCUUCUUCAAAACCUCAUUGGCUCAACACAACUGUUUCACAAAGUUCAUUCCCUGAUUAUUCAUCAUCUUCAGAAUUGGAUUCUUUCUCAAGUUCGGUUGUUUCUGAAGACACUAUUGUGUAUCCAUCACCAUUUUCUUCAUUAUCAUCUUCAUUUGAAUCUAUGGUCAUUUCUUCUACAUAUGAUAAUUCCGAAAACCCAAGUGCAACUUUUGAUUCUUCAUCAUUUAUUUUAUCUAUCGUAUCUACAUCAAUAGAAAUGGUAUAUUCAUCUGAAUCGGAUUCAGUUAUUUCCACUUCGACAUAUAGUUUUUCAUCUGAAACAGAUUCCACAGUUGCUUCUACCGAAACGGUACAAUCAUCUUCAUAUAGUGUUUCCACAGAAACAGUUUCAUCAACAGAAUCACAAUCAAUUGAACCAACAGGUUCCUCUUUAACUACUGGGGCUAGUGAGUCAACUACCAAUUUAAUUUCGUCAUCCAGUUUUAGUUCAUCUACUUCCUUUACUUUAUUGAGUUCACCGACUGUUGUUGCUGUUUCUUCUGAUUUGUCUUCAUCCUUGGUUUCUAAAUCUAUCUACAGCUCACAGAAUACAAACUUUGAAUCAAGUGAGUCUAAUCAAGGAUUUCUUUCUUCUGGUAUUGAAUCACCAUCUUCAGAAAAUAUGAUUCCAUCCACAACUACUGAAUCAUUCCUAUUCUCAACUUCAACAGAUCUUAGUACAGGACCAAGAUCUAGUAUUGUUUCUACUGAAAACCCUACUAUCAGUAAAUCUGCAGGUGAUACCAGUUCUGAUUCAAAUAUUGCUUCUAUUGUUUUAUCAGAGAAUACAGUAACUAGUCCAACUAAUGUUGAUACUUUCACAGCUUCUGCUUCUGCUUCUGCUUCUGCUUCUGCUUCUGCUUCUGCUUCUGCUUCUGCUUCUGCUUCAUCUACUAGUUAUACCCAAGCUUCUUCGCAACUGAUAACAACCAUGUACCCACAAACAGUUUCAUCUUCAUCUACUCCAAUUUCUGUUGCCAUUCCUGUCGAAAAUGGUGCUAUGAAUUAUUCUACUGGCUCGAUCUUGCUUGGGUUGGUUUAUGUCUUUAUGAUUACUGUUUUCUAA